AUGAGAUCUAUUGGAGAGAUUGUAUCCAGUGGUGAUGAAAAAUCUGUGUCAUCAGACAAUAGUUCAGAUAGUACUGAUGGACUUUCAGAACACUCUGGAGAUGUUACAGAUGGUUCAGAUAAAAGUUUACAAGAUGAAACUGUGCAAGAACAGGAUAUUGUAUUUGACAAAACACCAUCGGUUUCUGAUGUAUCAGAUGAAAAAAUGGAGAAACUGGUAGAGGAACGAGAUGAAAAAGAUAAACAAUUUGAAUUUGAAGGUGAAGUUCAGAAUGUUGAAAGUGUUACAGAGAAGAUUACUGAAAAGAAUUUGUUUAUUCGAUAUGACUUUGAAAGCAAUAUACUUAUAGGUAGGAGAUUCAGUGACACAUCUGUACAGGAUGACAUGAAGUUAUGGCCAUUCAAGGUCAGUUCUGGUUCUGCAGAAAAGCCCAUGAUUGGGGUCUCUUACAAAGGUGAGGAUCCGUUUUCAGCUGAAAAGAUCUCUUCAAUGGUGCUCACUAAAAUGCGUGAAAUCGCUGAAGCUUUCGUGGGAUCGACUGUCAAAAACGCAGUUGUUACGGUCCCUGCAUACUUCAACGACUCGCAAAGGCAAGCCACGAAAGAUGCUGGUGUCAUAGCGGGUUUAAACGUGAUGUGUAUCAUCAACGAGCCGACUGCUGCAGCCAUUGCUUAUGGUCUAGACAAGAAAGCGUCUAGUGCUGGUGAGAAAAACGUGCUCAUUUUCGACCUCGGUGGUGGUACAUUUGAUGCAUCGAUUCUUACGAUCGAAGAGGGUAUCUUUGAAGUGAAAUCGACUGCGGGUGAGACGCAUCUUGAGGGUGAAGACUUUGAUAACCGAAUGGUGAAUCAUUUUGUUCAAGCACUAUGUUUUUGCAGGACUGGCGUGUUGAGUCAUUCCUAA